AUGGCUGAACAAGAUUCUAGAAACAUUGAUCUCACUCUCGGAGAACCCAAAGAGGAACCGGAAACCGAAGAUGGGUCGGCGAUAAAGGUGAUGCCCAAGGCUAUGCAGGUGCCGGCGGGGAUAUCUAUGUCCAUGCAAGUGAACAAGACGUUAUUCCAAGCCCAAGCUCAGGCUCAAUACCAGACCCAGGCCCAAGCCCAAGCCCAAACGCAACCGCCGGUUCAAAAAAGAGCAUCCACUAAGGACCGUCACACCAAAGUAGAAGGUCGUGGCCGGAGGAUUCGAAUGCCUGCCACGUGUGCGGCUCGGAUCUUUCAACUGACACGAGAACUUGGACAUAAAUCAGACGGUGAAACAAUCCGGUGGCUCCUCGAGCACGCUGAACCUGCCAUCAUUGCCGCCACCGGAACCGGCACCGUCCCCGCUAUAGCGAUGUCCGUCAACGGAACUCUCAAAAUCCCAACCACUUCCCCUAACAAAAACUCCGACCCGGAACAACAACAACAACAACAAUCUGAAGACUCCCCCGAAAAAAAGAAACGUAAACGACCAGCGAACAGUGCUUACGUGGACAUAAACGACAGCGCCGUUUCAGUUUCAGCAGGUUUAAUAACAACCUCCAACGUAAACACCAACAUGAACCCAAACCUUAAUAACACCGCGAUAAUUCCGCAACAAACUGCAAUUCCGUUACCGCAAAACAUGGUCCCCGUGUGGGCCAUACCAUCAAACGCCGUCGUUCAAGGCGGAAACGCGUUUUUUGUGGUCCCAGCAAAUCAGCCUCAGUUUUUCACAUUAGCUAGACCAAUCUCCGGUUUCGUUUCUUCCAUGGUAACACCCGUGGUUCAACUCCAACAAGCCUCCGCGUUAUCCAACCCAUGCUCAACCUCUCCGUCGUCAAAGUCCCCGGCGAGAGCAACCGUCAUGGCGCCGAGUACCGCUGCAACAACCACCACACCGCAGAUGCUGAGGGAUUUUUCAUUGGAGAUUUACGAUAGACAAGAGCUUCAGUUAUUGUCGCGUUCUUCUUCCAAGCAUUGA